UUCACCUCUCAAAAGUUUCCAAAUGGGUUCUAAAAUUGCCAUUUAAGCAUCAUGUUCAAACUCCCUCACGCAAAGAAGAAACUAUAACCCCCAACCUCCCCUUUUAAUAAAUCCCCUCUUCCCAUUUUCUCUCUCCUAAAAAAAUCCAACUUUUUUCAGACACAAAACAAACAAUUCCAGCAAUCAAAAUCAACAACAAAACUACUAGUACUACCAGCAAAAACAGAGAUAAAUAACAACAAUAAUAAUAUAAUAAAAAUGGUGAGAGAAAAUGGAAGUAAUAACAAUAAUAAUCACAAAAAGAAGCAGCAGAAAAAGAGGAAUAAAGCAGGGGAUUUUUUCAUGGCAACUUUGGUGGUGUGGGGUUUGUCGGUUGGAUUUGAAAUCGUAUCGAAUCAUAAGAAAGAACUUCUUCCUGUAUUGUAUGGUUGUUUGUUCUUCCAAUUUGCUAAUUGGGCUCUUCGUUUUUUGGUUUCUCGAGAACCCCUUUUUGUUAAUACCUCUGUUUCUCUCCUUCACUCUUCUUUUGCUUCUGCUUCUGUUGUGUUUAUAUUGUUCAACCAAUGGAGUGAAAAGCGUUCCAUUCAAAUAUUUGAGCAUGAAGAACUGGUUCGAAAUACAUGGCCAUGGGCAUACACAGCCCUAUGCAUUUCUUGUGGUUAUUUUGCAUAUGAUCAGUGGGAUAUGUUGAAGUAUGAACUAUACAGUGGAUGGUUCCCAUCUAUCCUGGCACAUCACCUGAUCCUUCUUCUUUGCUUCACGCUUGCUCUUUAUCGCAAUGUCACCAUCAACUACCUCAUCCUUACCCUAAUCUGUGAGUUGCACUCAGUCUUUCUACAUGUGAGAAAAGUAAGACGGAUGGCAGGGAUUAGGAGUGCCGAGAGUACGAUCGUGAAGGCAGAAUGGUUUCUUAACUGGCUCACCUUCUUCUUUGCUCGACUACUACCCCACGCACUGAUUUUGAUCAAACUAGUUAUAGAUGCCCCAAAGUUUGACAAGGGUGUAGAGCUACCACUUGCUUUAUUUGGGAUGAUUGGUAUGAAUUUGCUCAAUAUCGGUCUAGGCAUCGACAUCUUUGGUGCUUAUAGGAGAGAAAAGAAUCCUCCACAGAACCAUCAUAGUGAUUAAAGUGAGCACAAGAUCGAAGUUUUUAGCUGGCUGAGCUUCUAUGGUUUGUUUUACAAUGUUCUGAAAAGGAUUAUAUAGGUAAUUGAACUUAUUGUUGUUUGUAGCAGCAAAGAAAAUAGAUAUUGUAUUUUCCAACAUGGACUAUUCUUGUGAAAGGAAAAAAAAGGCAUGAUGUAAAUUAUGGGAUUAAGGUAUUCAAGAAGAAGAAGAAGAUGUAAAUUAUGUUGAUUAUAAGAGUAUUUGUUUAUAUU